AUGGUGUGUGAACAUGUAAUAGCUGAAAGCUUGUCUGAGGAAGAAAUUGCUGGUUUGAGAGAGAUGUUUAAGGCAAUGGAUACAGAUAACAGCGGUUCAAUUACAUUUGAUGAACUCAAAACUGGUUUACGAAAAUAUGGCUCUACCUUAAAGGAUACAGAAAUACGGGACCUUAUGGAUGCGGCUGAUGUGGACAACAGUGGAACUAUUGACUAUGGAGAAUUCAUAGCUGCAACUAUACACCUCAACAAAAUAGAACGUGAGGAACAUCUCGUGGUAGCAUUUCGAUACUUCGACAAAGAUGGAAGUGGUUAUAUAACAGUUGACGAGCUCCAGCAAGCUUGUGUUGAGCAUAACAUGACUGAUGUUUUACUUGAAGAUAUUAUCAAAGAAGUUGAUCAAGAUAAUGUAAGUCCUGAUUUUCGAGUUGGAAGUCAGCUUAUUUCCAUUUAUACUUAUAUUAAUAUAGCCUGUCAAAGAAGUUUUUCCAGAUGCCUGAAUAAUACAUAA